AUGGCCUCAAGACUUGUUCUCGUCCUCGGCGACCUCUUCAUACCAGACAGAGCUCCUGAUAUACCAGCCAAGUUCAAAAAACUCCUCGGCCCCGGGAAAAUCGGCCAAAUCCUCUGCCUCGGAAACAUCACCUCAAAAGAAACCUUCGAAUUCCUCCGCGGCAUCGCACCCGACCUGCAAAUCGUCAAGGGCGACUUCGACGUCGAUGCGCCGAACCUGCCCCUCUCCAAAGUCGUCACACAUGGCUCCCUACGUAUAGGCUUCACACACGGUCAGACUAUCAUUCCGCCUGGUGAUGGCGAUAGUUUGCUCAUUGCCGCGAGGCAGAUGGAUGUGGAUGUUCUGUUAUGGGGAGGUACGCACCGGUUCGAGGCGUACGAGAUGGAAGGGAAGUUUUUCGUGAAUCCGGGGAGCGCGACGGGAGCAAUGACGACGGGGUGGUGGCCGGAAGAGGAGGACCCGACGCCGAGCUUUGUGCUUAUGGAUGUACAAGGAGAUGUGCUCGUGCUGUACGUGUACCAGCUGAGGAAAGACGCUAACGGUGUGGAGAACGUUGCCGUGGAGAAAGUAUCCUUCCGGAAAAAUGGCGGCGGCGAAUAGCUAGCGAUGGGCAGCGCUGAUGCGUAAUGAAGAUACCAAGAUAAGCACGAAGAACGCGGCGGAAUCACGAGAGCAAGUCUGAGCACGAUCAUGCAUGUUCAAAUUCUUCCUGGUUGUGAACGAUGCAGUACAAGACACUCGCAUGGAGCCGGUUGCUAGCAUCAUCUUGCUAGACAGCUUGUGUCUCCUUCCUCCCCCUAGUAAUCCGCGAUGCCUCGCGCAGGUCGUGUUGGUCACACGUUCGGACCUGGCUUUGUCUUGCCCUGUCUUUGCUCUCCCGCGAAAACGACGCUGAUGUCGUGAUACUUUCCACAUACACAAAGC